AUGCACACCGGCAUCCGGGAGUUUGGGAAGGAAUCAAGAGUGAUUGAUUCCUCGGAAAGCCUCUCCCCUAGCUCCAACUGCGCCGUUGGUUUCGGCGUCGCGUGUUCUCAUAUGCGCAAGCGAUAUCUUCGCGAGGCUAGGACAAUACCUUUUUCCCUCCUGCCUCGUAUGAUCGUCACCAUGUUCGUGUCUUCUCACAAUCAUGUUACUCGCGGGUUCCGUUUUGUCUCUCGAUGGUCGCGGAAGCGAUAUCGUGGUCCCCCGGAGACCGUUUUCUGCGAAGCGAACACCAAGGUGACGGCGCUCACGACAAGUGCCCCCUGGCAGAUAAUAUUGUGCUCUGCCAUUGUCAAUUCGGGCUUGACAAGGGCGGAGCUCCCCAUCGACGAUGGCGCCGAAAGCCCGUAUCAAAAUGCCGUGCACAUCGGGCUUCAACUUUCAAGGAUACAGCGAGAUAGGCAAGCCAGAAUCCUCCAGUCACCCUGGGUCAAGGGUGAACAGAUGACCACGGAGAGUAGGGGUACUGGCCGCUCCGCCAACCGUGACGGACGGACGGGUGCUCCCACAGAACUAGCAUCCCGCGCUGACAGUCGCCGUGAUGCCAGGCGUGGCGCGGCUUCAGGGUGA